CGUGUUAUCCAGUCGUCACGUUUUAAGUACAAUUUUUGUAAAGCAAAUUGUAAGAAAAUACGUGAAAAGUUGGUCACGAGUGUCGUAAAGCCAUGAAGAUUGUCAGUUGGAACAUUAAUGGCAUAAGGACUUUCAAGGGCGGAAUUAAAAAGGCGCUUGAGUCGCUGGAUGCUGACAUCGUAUGUGUACAAGAGACAAAAGUAACAAGAGACCUGUUGGAUGAGAGGACUGCUAUUGUUGAAGGUUAUAACUCCUAUUUCAGCUUUAGUCGUGGACGCAGUGGCUACUCAGGAGUUGCUACUUACUGCAAAGACAGUGCCACCCCAUUUGCUGCAGAGGAGGGCUUGACCGGUCUACUGACCACCAACCACGAGGGGACCAUUGGAUGCUAUGGUGACCUGAGAGAGUUCUCCAGUGAGGAGCUGCAGCUCCUGGACAACGAGGGAAGGGCUGUUCUCACACAGCACAGAGUCAUGUGUGAAGAUACACCUGAAACCGUUACGGUUAUCAAUGUAUACUGCCCACGAGCUGACCCAGAAAAGCCUGAACGUAAAAAUUUCAAACUGCAGUUCUACAAGCUGCUUCAAAGUCGGGCUGAAGCAAUUUUGGAAGCUGGGAGCCGUGUAAUCAUCUUGGGAGAUGUGAAUACAUCCCACCGGCCCAUAGAUCACUGUGACCCAGAUUACAUAGAUGAUUUUGAUGAUCACCCCGGCAGGAAAUGGCUAAACGGUUUACUGGUUGAUGACAGUGAAGGAAAGGAGUAUGGAAAAAACGAUCAGGAAGAGUCUGAGAAUACCUCAUCAAAACCCCUCAGCAGCGGUAAGUUUGUGGACACCUUCCGCCAUUUUCACCCAACACGCUCCAAGGCCUUCACCUGUUGGAACACUAUGACUGGAGCCAGGCAGACCAACUAUGGCACACGUAUCGACUACAUCUUCGCAGACCAUCCCUUGGUUAAAAUGGGGUUUGUGGCAGCAGACAUCAUGCCAGAGGUGGAGGGGUCUGAUCACUGCCCUGUCUGGGGGAAACUGUGCUGCCCCCUCCUGUCCAGCUCCAAGCUGCCUCCCUUCUGUACUCGCAACCUACCAGAGUUCGCUGGCAGGCAGCAGAAACUCUCACGCUUCCUCGUCAAGAUGGACCAACAACAACCUGCCAGAGAGGCCUGCAGGGACCCACUACCAGGAUCUCAGGAGACUGGGGAGACCCGAGAGAACCUGAAUCCACUGGGAUCAGCAGGGACCAGCUCCACUGGAAAGAAACGGAAGUUGGCAGUGGAAUCUGGUGUCCCAAAGAGCAAAAAGAUUAUGACACUGAAGGCUGCUACCCCAAAGCCCCAGGGCAACCUCCUAGCCUUUUUCAAGCCCAGAUCCAUGCCUGUUGCCCCAACCAGGGAAGACCCUGUGAGUCAGUGUGAGAGGGGAGAAGAGAGAAAUGAAGUGACCCCAUCACAACCACAUACCUUCAAGGGAGGACAUUCUGCAGGACAAGAUGUCCCUUCAAUUCCAGGCACGCGCACAGAAGAUCCCCAGGGUGUCUGUAUGGGAGACAAUGUCCAUGAACCGGGCAGCAACAUACAGGGUGUCAAUAAUCAAAACCAGGGGAAGGAUGCAGCCCUGGCUUCAGAGGCUACUGUAGACCCCCCAUGUCUCAGGAAGGGGGCUUCACUGGGUGGGUUCUGGAAGACGGUCCUACGUGGGCCACCCCCACCGCCCCCCUGUAAGUCUCAUGGGGAACCCUGUGUACUCCGCACAGUCAAGAAGGCAGGUCCAAACAUGGGCAAGCAGUUCUUUGUGUGUAACCGCCCUCAGGGUCAUGCAUCCAAUCCUGAGGCUCGCUGUAACUUCUUUUCCUGGGUGGAUAAAGGAAAAUAGUGACUAUGCUGUAGAAACGCACUGACAUUUCAUCCAUGUAGUGUUUUUAUAAGCAUUGUUAAUCUGUAAAUUUGAUAUAUUAGUAAAAUAAAGACAGUUUUGUAAAUUAA